AUGAGUGCUACUGCUUUUUCAAAAGAUGAUGGGAAAAAAUCAAAAAGUAAUCGUAAAGGAUCACGGCAACAAUUCCAACAAGUUCAGAUCGUAACCCAAUCAUCAUCAACAACUGCUGAACCAACAUUUCAGCCAGGCAAUUAUUACGACGAACAUUUUCCGCCACUUGGUGAAUCAUCACUAAAUCAAACUUCCGGCAGCAGUCACCAUUCUUUCGAAAGUACAUCAUCGUACGCCCUAAAACAAACAAAAACAGAUUCUUCUUUAUUUCAACCCAGAUCUGCUUAUGAACAAGAUAUUCUUAUAAAGUUGUCCGAAAUCAUUCUAACCAUUCAUGGAAGAAGAGAAUUUGUGUCACGUGAACGUGUUCAAAAUGAAUUGUUCAAUUAUUUUCAUGUUAAUUGUUGGAAACAGUUAGGUGUUCGUCGUGGUGAACUCAGCCCUCUAGUAAUUCUAACUGAACGAUUAAAAAAAGUGACUUUCUAUAUGCAAAUAUUCGAACAAAUUUUCAUGCUAUGCACAUUACACGAUCUUGGACCGCUCUUAGCUAAAUUUCUCAAAGUUAAUACGUACGAAGAUGCACAUUUGGGCCCUCUCGAUGAACAUCCAGAUAUAAAACGAGUAUUCGGUUACGAACCAACUCAACGUCAUCAACCAAUUCCGAUCAUGACUAGUGGUGAUGUUAUAUCGUUGUUCAUCGAUUUUCAAGCAAGAUUCAAAAGAAACCUUGCAUUUGGUGAAUUUCUUGAUGAGCUUGUCAAUAGUUAUCGAUUGCAAACACGAAAAGAACUUGGUCUCUAUUGUAAAUCGUUUCCAUACUUAAUACAGUAUUUACUACAACAUCUAUUAUUACUCGAAACAUCAACUCAUGAACUUCUUCGUCUGCCUAUCGAUGCUACUCUGAAGAGUUUCGAGAAUGAACUUCACUCAUUACAUGUACGUUCAGCCGUCGGUCAUCUAUGUACAUUGAUCACUUGUGAAUACGGCCUAACUACUCGAAUUCCAUUAAAUGUCUAUCGAACAUCCAUACGUACAUGGUUCAUUCGUUUACAAUCAUUGACUAUGAAACAGGGUAAUAAUGAAGAACCAAUGCAAUACAUACUCGAAUUUUUAACCUAUCUACCUGUAUUUAUCGGACAAGCACGACUGAUUCAAGAAAUCAUACUUGGACCACUCGACGAUGUAUUCUCGAAAAGUGGAGUAAAUAUAGUUAGUGCACGAACAAGAAUAUGGAAAUUAGCAGAUGAAAAACAAAAGAACAAAUUAGAAAUUUGGGGUCAUACACUCAAUAUCAAUGACUGGAAGAAUAAUAGUAAAUGGUCUGGACAGCAUUACUCGAUCGAAGAUCAAGUAUCUGUUCUAGAGCCACCAGAGAGUGGAUCGAAUUCAAGCGAGACUAUUGUUCAAGUUAUUCGUGAUGUGUUAAGAAUUCGUGUUACUUUCUUGACAGAUAAUGGUUAUAUGGCAAUAACAACACCAGCUGCACCGCUGAUUAAAUCCUCAACUCGUCAGUCACAUUUGGUUCCAAUUGAAAUCAAUAACAAUAACGAAAAUGAAUCGGCUCGAGUGGCAUUCGAACAUAUUGAAUUGAUUCGUCGAGGUUUCGGUGUCGGCAGUGGUCUCGAUUCUAGCGGCCAAUCGAUUGUCAACAAUCUUCAAGGAAUGAUCGAACGAAGUUUACAAAAAUUAUCCAAUGAUCUCUAUUCAGAACAGGGCCAUUUUGUUUUAGAACUCAUUCAAAAUGCUGAUGACAAUCAAUAUGCAUCUGAUCGUUUGCCAACACUUCGUUUUGUUCUAUCCGAUAAACGAAUCUUAGUUUGUAACAAUGAAAUUGGUUUUCAACCGAAUAAUGUUGCCGCCAUCUGUAAUGUAGGUACAACGACCAAAGGCAAACACAAACAAGGCUAUGCUGGACAUAAAGGUAUUGGAUUCAAGUCAGUAUUUAUGGUAUCUAAUCGUCCUGAGAUCCAUUCACGUGACUAUCAUUUUUGUUUUGAUACUGUCGAUGGUACUCAACAAAUUGGAUAUAUUCUUCCGAUUUGGUUGGAUGAAUGUGAUGAAAUAUUACCGGAUGCUGACGAAUGGACAACAUGUAUUCGUUUGCCGAUUCAACGAGGCAGUCGACUUCAAGAAAAUUUUGACAAUAUUCAAGCAAAACUAUUACUCUUUCUCAAUCGUUUACGACGAAUUGAAAUUGUAGGUCAACCGAUGAGUACUUCGAACAGUGAUCAGAGUCGUAUUUUUACCAGAUUCGAUCAUGCCGAUGGGAAAAUAAUUGAACUACAAGAGAAGACAGUAAAUGGAACAAUUAUCAAAGAUUUUUGGCUCGUUAUCAAGAAAGUUCUCCAAGUGCCCGAAGAUGUCAAGGAGAAACUACGCGAAGUCAAAUGUGACGUCCAUUCGACGACAAUUGCCAUUGCCUAUCCACUCAGUGGUCUUCAACAGUCGGUUCAAAAACUUCCACUAGCUCAACCCAAGGGGGAAAAAGCUCAUUCGGACAUUCCCGGCCAUUCGGAAUGGCCGGGAAUGGUUGUGAAUGGAUGGAAAUGGUUGGGAAUGGAUGGGAAUGAUUGGGAAUGGAUGGAAAUGGUUGGGAAUGGAUGGGAAUGA